GACGGACGGUAGUUCCUCAACAUGCGCCAUUGAAAACAAACGUAGCAGCUACGGUGGCUAACGCUUUGUGCUAACGCGGAGCUUUCUACAACCUCUAACAGAGCCGCGGCGGGCUUGCGAACCAUGGAGACGAUUUUAGAGCAGCAGCGUCGCUACCACGAGGAGAAGGAGCGGCUGAUGGACGCCAAGACCAAAGAAAUGCUGCACAAAAAGUCCACGCUGCGGGAACAGAUCAAUUCCGAUCAUCGCAUCAGAGCCAUGUUGGAUAGGUAUAUGGAAGUGAGCGCAAAUCUGAGAGACUCCUACGAAGACAAAGACGGGAUGAGGAGGGAUGAGCUCGCUGCCAUUUCAGGACCAAAUGAGUUUGCCGAGUUCUACAACAGACUGAAGCAUAUAAAGGAGUUCCACAGAAAGCACCCCAACGAGAUUUCCAUUCCCAUGUCAGCAGAGUUUGAAGAGCUGAUGAAGGCCAGAGACAACCCCAGCGAGGAGGCUCAGAACAUGGUGGACUUCACUGAUGAAGAGGGAUACGGCCGCUAUCUGGACCUCCACGACUGCUACCUGAAGUUCACCAAUCUGAAGGGCGCUGAGAAACUGGACUACAUCUCUUACCUGUCUUCAUUUGACCAACUGUUCGACAUCCCCAAGGACAGGAAGAACGCCGAAUACAAGAAGUACCUGGAGAUGCUCCUGGAGUACCUGCAGGACUACACCGACAGGGUCAAGCCUCUGCUGGACCAGAACGAUCUCUAUGGGAAGGUGCUGUUGGACUUUGAGAAGAAGUGGGACAACGGGACCUUUCCAGGCUGGCCUAAAGAGACGAGUAGUGCUCUGACGCAUGCUGGAGCUCAUCUGGACCUGUCUGCCUUCUCCUCCUGGGAGGAGCUGGCCUCCUUAGGUCUGGACAGGUUGAAGUCGGCUCUGAUGGCUUUGGGGCUGAAGUGUGGAGGGACUCUGGAGGAGAGGGCUCAGAGACUGUUCAGCACCAAGGGCAAGUCCCUGGAAUCACUCGACCCGUCGCUGUUUGCCAAGAAUCCCAAAGCCAAAGGUCCUAAAAAAGACACGGAGCGCAACAAAGAAAUCGCCUUCCUAGAAGCUCAGGUCUACGAGUAUGUGGAGAUCCUAGGGGAGCAGAGGCAGCUCACUCAUGAGAACGUGCAGAGGAAGCAGGCCAGGACCGGGGAGGAGCGGGAGGAGGAGGAGGAAGAGCAGCUCAGCGAGAGCGAGAGUGAAGACGAGGACAACGAGAUCAUCUACAACCCCAAGAACCUGCCGCUGGGCUGGGACGGCAAGCCGAUCCCCUACUGGCUCUACAAACUCCACGGCCUGAACAUCAACUACAACUGUGAGAUCUGUGGAAACUACACCUACAGGGGACCCAAGGCCUUCCAGAGGCACUUUGCAGAGUGGCGGCAUGCGCACGGCAUGCGGUGUCUAGGAAUCCCCAACACAGCUCAUUUUGCCAACGUCACGCAGAUAGAGGACGCCGUCUCCUUGUGGGCCAAGUUAAAGUCCCAGAAGGCCUUGGAGCGGUGGCAGCCAGACACGGAGGAGGAGUACGAGGACUCUAUCGGAAACGUGGUCAACAAGAAGACGUACGAGGAUCUGAAGAGGCAGGGUCUGCUGUAGAUGGACGACGGGACGCGAGGCCAUCCAUCUGUGGAGCUUCGUUCUUUUUUUUAAUCUCAUAUUUACUCAUGUUUUUAGGUGUUAUGUUGUUUUUCCAGAGCCUUACCAAACUUCACCUUUUUUCUUCCGUUUGUAACGUGGCAACCUUUUGAUGAUUCGAAUAAACCAAGGAGUUUAAUCAG